AUGUAUGAGCCACUGCGUUUGGUGUCGGACACCUACCCGGGCGUGGUCCCUGGGGUAAAGGCCCAGGGCGUCAUGACAUUGUUGAUAGCUGUGUCUAUCCUGUGGGCACUGGUAUGGCUGUCAUAUCGUGCUUACCAGGUCUGCGUGACUCCAAAUGACGUCUUGGUCGACAAGUUGGGACUGGAUAUCCCUCCCACUCCAGAGGUGACACUGGAAGACAUUGGGAGUCGAGAAAUCCGUAUUGCAUGGAAGUAUCCUGACUCGCAUAAUUCAAUACAUAAGCAUGUGAUUCAGGUGAAUGGGAUUAGAAUUGGCGAAUCCAAACGCUCCGAAACCGCUGUCUCCAUUUUAAAUCUGCUUCCGGGGCAUAUCUAUCACCUAUGCGUUAUUGCGAUCAGUGCCGCUAAUUUUCAAACUUCGAGUGCUAUGUUGCAUGUCCGAACAAGCCUCGAUCCUUCCCAGAACGAACCCAGUGAUGCCUGUGGUGGGCCAUACAUUCAGGCUUAUGCGCCACGACCAUCAUCACUCAUAGCGCCGUCGGCCCCGAUAAUGUCACGGGAGCAUAGUUCUGGACCGGUUCAAAGCAAACGUACUACCAGUGGAAGAAAAGCUCCAGUCUCGACUUCUGCGCCUGAGUAUACGGCAAUAGGGGAUGACAGUAUCGUUGAGGAUUCGGAAGAUACCGUUGAGCAGCUUGCUGAACGACUCAAAAACUUGCAACAAGAGAACGACGCCUUAGCUAAACAAAUUUCUCAGGAUAAAAAAGAGUACGAAUCGCUACUUCGGGAACUUGAGGAGCAGCGGAAUGAGCUACGGCAACGGGUCAAAGAGAAGGACGAGGCUAGUAGUGAUCUUCGGAAACAUGUGAACAAACUGGAGAGCGUCAAUCGCAGUGUCCAAAGUGAACGGAGUAAACGGGAAAAACUCCUUCAGCAAAAGGAAGCUGAGCGGAAAAAGCGCUCCGACGACAUGAGACGAUGGAGUGAAGGGAUUAUCGAAACGAAAAAACUGGUAGAAAGAUUGCAGAAGGAAAAGGCGCAAACAGAAGACGAGUCGGAAAAGCGAAUUGCGGACUAUCGUGCCAAAAUUUCCGAUGAGCACCUUGGGAUGAAGACUCUUGAGGAAGAUAUCAAAAUGAAGGGAAGUCGCAUUAAGUUGUUGGAGGAAGAAAGGCGGCGUCUUGAAGGUGGAGAUAAUGAGGAAACAAAGGAGUUAGAUCGGCUGGAGCGGGAGCGGGAUCGACGCUGGGAGGUCAAAAUGGCCAACUUACGGGCUCAGUACACCUCUUUGAUAAACGUGCACACUCAGUUUCAGGCUCAGCAACAGUAUUACGAGGCCCAAGAACGCUUAAAGUGGAUUUCUGCGCAACGCUCUAACCCAACCUUGCCCUAUGUCCCCGUCCCAAACAUGGAUCUCGAUAUUGCACGAAGAGCCAAUUCAUACCGACGAAGCCGCCACCGGAGCUCUCUUACAAGCAAUGUGUCGUCUCCUCUCGGCUACACUCUCGCUGAUACUACUUGUCAAAAUCCAAGUAGCUACAGGCAGCUCAGCACCGCGUCCCCAACGGUCCCCCCAACCUCCGCGUUUUUCAAUAUCAACAACGGAAUGACCAUUCCUGACCCUGCUGAUCAGAUGGGUUUAAUUAAUCUCCCGGAAAGCGAGCGUAAAUCCAUGCAAAAGGCAACGUCUCAAGCACCAUCGGAUGCUGCCCAAAGUGCUUCGCGGAAGUUAUCUGGGCUAUUCGGAUUCAGUCGACAGCGAGGAAAGACAAUGGCGGAUGGACCUCUUCUUGGCUCCCUGAAGUCAGGACAAAGCCAAUCAUUCCCACGCAAUAUGGAUCAGGACCUUGACCCAAUAGGGACCCGUCGUCGGCGUUUGAGCUACACAGGCGGGUGGGCAAAUCCAAUGUCGACACUGUUUCCUCGCAGUUCAACAGGGAAUGUCACCGCAGACAGUUCCUCCGACCGUUUACCUGCGUCACGCAAAGCUAUGCUUCCAAGUUUCUUUACAACGGGCAAGUUCUCGUCCUCGGCUUCCGGAACCUUGGGUAAAUCGGAGUCCAACGUCGGAUACAAUCAAUUCAGCCCAAGCCACGAUCCAAUUGACCCAUCUCUACUUGGGACCGUCCGUCGUGACUCGUUAUCUCCUAGACCGGCUUCCACUUAUUCCUUUGAUAAAUUCCUUCCACGGCCUACUUCUGAUGUACAGCCGUUUGGUUGGCCGUCCUCCGACAUGCAUAGGAGCAGCCCUCUUAAUGUAGAUUGGUCCACUCCUGGAGGGGCAUGGUCGCGUAGUCAGUCCCGCCGUCCAUCCUUUCAACUCGGAUCCUCGAACCAUCUUCCACUGGGUUUACCCUCGGAUAUCGAUUUUCUUGAGACCCAAUAUGAACCACAACGGCCAGUCCAAGCUCCAAUUGGGACUCGACCUCCAUCGUCACAUCGCCCAAUGACUCCUAAAUUGAACCCUGCUGCACCGUCAUUCAAGACUCUGUUCAAUAAGAAGUCUGAGAAAUCGAAGAGUAAAGAUUCAGACGCUUCAAAGGGUCGUGAAGAGCUGCAGCUGGAUACUUCACCGGGCGAGUCCCGACGAUCAAAGGACGCAAGAUCCAUCCGCACCUCGGCUGCCGAAUCUCGCGAAUCCCUAGAACGUAUCUCCUCCGGAACACCGUCCGAGGCCGUGAGCGCAAAGGAGUCGUUUAUCCAAAAGAUUACUCGCAAGGAGAGUUCGAGCAAAUUCAACAUGCCUUGA